UGUCUUAAAUUAUAUAUAUUGUGUGUAUGAAUGUUCUGAUAUAAGCAGCACAGAGUUGCUAUCAGCUGUAGUACGUUAUUAUUGUGGGCUUGUUUGAUUAAUAUGUGUGGUUUAUAACUUAUCCUGACACUGUGUGUUACUGAUGAAGGUAUUUUAUUAACUUGUUUUAUUCUGAAAUGUUUAUCCAUCCAGCUGCUACACCAGAGCCAGCAUCUGCACAGACAUCAGCUUCUUCCAGCCAGCUGCUGGCAGCCUUUGCCCCCUACACCAGCAUCUACACUGCACCUACAACCUACCACCUACCAGCAGCCCUGCCACCCCAGACCUGGAAGGAGAAAAAAAGGUGACAUACUUCUGGCUACUGAGCAGGAGAUGCUCGGGUCAGAGGCUGAACAGGAGGCAGAGAGAUGAACGGUUUGAUACUAUGAUGCAGUUCUUCUGGGAGCUGACAGAGAGGGAGUCUAAAGAACAUCCAGCUCAGGAGGAGCCAGCCACCAGCAGAAGCUCAUGGAGGGUCUCUUGUCUGCAGCGAACACUGAAGGUGGUGGCUUGUUAUGCAGACCUGGAUGUGGUCGUUACUCAGCUUGGUGCCAAUCCCAGUUUCCUUGAUGGUGAGAAGCUGGGACGGGGCCAGUCUGGGAAACUUGCCCAGGGAGGCACGCUGUACCUGGUGGACCAGAACCACCCAUUCACACUCACCUUCUCCCUGAGCUCCAAAGCACAAGACCCCAACAUGCCCAGGAGGAGCUUGAAAGCCACGGAUAAGACCAAUGGAGGGAGGAACGGGACGCAGAGGGAUAUUAAGCCCAGUCUCACGUCUAAACACAGUAUAAAAGAUUUCUUCUCCAGCUCUCCCUCUAAGGCAAAACAUGGACAGUUCUCUAAAAGGCAGCUGAGCCCAGAGAGCAGACUCCCUGAGGGCAAGCGGCAAAAGUUGGAGGAGGAGGAAGAGGAGAGAAUCAUCGAGGAUAAGCUCAAACAUCUGCAAGAGUUUGCUGAGAAGUCUGUGACAGAUGAAAGCAAAGACGACCCGUCUCCAUCGUUGGUGCGUGGGGGUGUGAGGAGCAGCUGGCAGCAGAUAGGAGCCCUGAUGGUUUACACUGCUGAGGGGGUCACAGGGAGCAGCAAGAUUGCUGGGUUUGACAUUGACGGCUGCAUCAUCACCACUAAGUCGGGGAAGGUGUUUCCUACAGCUCCUGAUGACUGGAGGAUUCUGUUUCCUGAGAUUCAGCCCAGACUGGCCAGUUUGCUUAACAAAGGACACAAGGUGGUGUUCUUCACCAACCAGAUGGGGAUUGCUAAGGGAAAACUCUGUCCAGAAGUCUUUAAAUCUAAAGUGGAGGACAUCCUGGCUGCCCUACAGCUGCCUGUGCAGGUGUUUGUUGCUACCGGUCCUGGUAUUUACAGGAAGCCAGUGAUGGGAAUGUGGAAAUACCUGUGUGAGGAGGCUAAUGAUGGUGUGACUGUUGACAAGACUCAGAGUCUGUAUGUUGGAGAUGCUGCAGGCAGACCGGAGAACUGGGCCCCUGGCAGGAAAAAGAAGGAUUUCUCGUGCAGUGACAGACUUUUUGCUCUGAACAUCGGGCUGCAGUUCCACACACCAGAGGAGUACUUUUUAGGCUGGAAGAGCGCCCCCUACAGCCUGCCUUCCUUUGACCCUAGGAAGCUGGACUCCACCCGCAGGCUGUCGGACCCUCCAUCCGCCUCUCUCACCUCUACGGAGACAGAAGUCAUUGUUGCCGUGGGUUACCCUGCAGCUGGUAAAUCCACCUUCUUCCACACCCACAUUAUUCCCAAGGGCUACGUCUACGUCAACAGGGACACACUCGGGUCCUGGCAGAACUGUGUGUCGGCUUGUGAGCGUGCGCUGAAGGAGGGCCGCAGCGUUGCCAUAGACAACACCAACCCAGACCCGGAGUCCCGCAAACGGUAUGUAGGCGUGGCCAAAGCAGCAGGGGUGUCGUGUCGCUGUUUUCACUUCACGGCCACUUUGGAACAAGCCAAACACAACAACCGAUUCCGUGAGAUGGUUCCGUCUGGCAGCAAACAUGCUAAGGUCAACGACAUGGUUUUCCACAGCUACAAGAAACAUUUUGUGGCCCCUGCUCUGUCGGAGGGAUUCUCUGAGAUCCUUCAGAUCCACUUUGUUCCACACUUCAAGGACAACCAAUCUGAGACUCUGUUCAGACAGUUCUCAGAGGGCUGAUGGACUCGCCAACACCUCCGCAAUAUAAUCAACCCUGCAGAGCUCCACUGGUGAACUUAUGAAGUGAUGUUGGCUAGAUUUGUAGCUCAGAAUCGGGCUUAUUUUGACAAGGACGCAAGAAAAUAAAGAGAUGUUUAUCUAAUCAUGUAUGGCUGUGUUCAGUUCAGUAAAACAACAAAGGCUUUGUGAACAAAAUAAAGAUAUGUUAAUAAAAGUCUUCCUGACGUUC